AAAAGAUCUUAAAAUUUUGUUAUAUUAUCUGUUUAUACUUUUUUUGUUGGCUUAAGAAAGUAAAAACAAAAAAAAUCCUAUCUAUAUUCGCGUCCGCAGGCAAAAAAAAAAAAAAUUUUUUCUUCUCUUAUUUCUUCAUUUUUCUAUACUUCUUUCAUAAAAGCGGCUACAUAAAAGAAUUAGACAAUUUUAUUUGGCAGGUCCAAAUUUAAUUUUUGAAGAAAUAAGCAGAAGGAAUUGCGGGCAAUUCAAACCUAGUUUGCAAUUCCUUGACGAACUACGGCUUUCGCCUUUUAUGACAUUCUUUUAUGGAUUUAAUAUUUAUUAAAAACACGACUUACACGAACAAAUAACGAUUUUUACAUUAAACAAAUGUUAGGACGUGUAAUAAUUAUUGUUAUUGGGGCGGGUUUUGCGAGUUAUUGUGUUAUUGCUGCGUUUUUAACAAUUUUUGGAAUAAAUCCUGCAACUUUGCAUUUGACAAAAUUUUUUCUAAUCGGAUAUGCAGCAAUAAAUGGCGUUCUUACACCAUUUGGUAUAUCAGGAGUUCUCGGAGGAAUUAGUCGUAAGAAAACGUUAAUAAGAGCAUUCACGACAUUUCAAUGGUGGUUGGCUACUUUCAUCCUUAUUGGUCUAAAUGUGUUUAAUAUUAUACUUGCAAAGAGGGGCAAAGGAGAUUUUAUUCGUAGAUGUCAAAUUAACCUCGCUAAAGGUCAACCUGAGCCCAAUUUUUUGGCUCGAUGCACAGCAAUAGCCGAUGAUGCUGAAAGAGCUACUUUUAUCGCUACAUGUGCCCAAGGUGGUAUUAUGCUCUUUCUUGGUAUAGUGUUAUUAAUAGUUGGUACACGCGAAUACAGUAAUAUAAGUUUAGAAGAGGAAACUAAAAAUCUUCUUGAGAAAGCUAAUUUCAAUGAAAACGUUGAGACGGAUGGAUUAAGUCGUAUACCUCCUAAAACAUCUGAUUCCAAUAAUACUAAUGAUAUUAGGAAUUUUAAUAAUAUUGGUACUUACGUCCCAGAUCCAAGAUAUGUAACAAAUGUUAAACGUCAACCAUCUAAAGCUGCUACGGUCAAUGUGGAUUUAGCACGUCGUCCGACUAAUGCAAAUAUAAAUAUUGCACAAAAUUCGGGCUUAAGAAGAAAUCCAACAGAUCCUACCGGAAGAAAUCAAACAGGUCCCAAUUUUGUGGCUCCAUUAUAUAGAAAUCCAACAAUUCCUGGAAAUAUUCCACCAAAAGGUAUAGCACGUUAUCCAACUAAUGCGCAUACGAAUAGAGUGAAUGUAACACGUCAACCAACAAUUGGAAACGCUUACGCGCCAAGAAAUUAUGUUGGUGCACCACAACCGACAUAUCCUAUAGUUCCACCACAACGAUCUCUUUCAACAAAACCGACAUAUCCACCACAACGAUCUCUUCCAACAAACCCAAAACAAUAUGUGAAUCCACAAUCACCUUCGUAUGUCACUCAAAUAAUUGUUUCUCCAGUUUCUCCAGUUUCUCCUCCUCCACCGAUAUCUGAAAUAAAUGAAUAUAAUAAUUAUGUUAAUGAAUAUAAUGAUUAUGUUAAUGAAUAUAGUGAUUAUGAUAAUUACAAGCCUAAACCUUAUACACAGAAGACGACGGCACCGCAUUUAACAAGGAUGGGAAUGAAUUAAUAAAAUAAAUAGAUUAAUAAUAAUAGGGACAAUAAUUAUCAUAUACAUUUUAUAAAUUUUUAUAGGAAUAUAUUCCUAAAAAAUAACCCUUGUACAUAUUUAUCGUUAAAUAGUAAUAUUUGUUUAUAUUAUAACGGGAUGUCAUCCUUUAUAAAAAUUUAUUCUCUCUUAUGAACAAUGAAACAAUUCAAUUCAAACUUUUUGUUUUUACAACAAAAUAAUAUUUUUGAAUAUAACUUUUUAUUUUAAUGAUACAAUAAAAUAUGGAAGAUGAAUUAUAUAUUACGUAAUAUAUAUUAACAUCCACCAUUUUUAACAGAAUUAUUAUUUUUCUUUGAUUUUCUAUAAAAUCGUUGAUCUUCAGGA